AUGGCAGACAACGCCCAUAUUAGUCAAGAUUUCAUCUCCUCAGUUAUCGCAGGAGAAGCGUUUGCCGACGCCUCCCUUUUGGCCUUCCGUGACUCAAGUUCCUUUAGAGCGGGUGAACUCCAUCGCCAUAUAGAUCAAUGGAACAAGUUAUUUCAAUCGUCUGAUAACAAUUUCUCUGAAGUACUGGACUGGAUUCAUAACUUUAUCCACGUUGACAAGUUUUUUACCCAUUAUAAAGGAAGCUAUAAGGGAGUCAAUUAUAACUGCGACAGACCGCCUGCUCGCAUUUUUGCUAAUCAUCCUUCUUGUAAGGCGUUUGCCCAGUUUAUUACUGAUACUCUUAUCGAGAGAUUAGCUUCAGGCGCCAUCUCCCUCUGGGGCAAGGUAGGGGAAUGUCCACCUCCACACCUGGUCAUGCCGCUUACAGUAGAACCUACCAAACCACGCCUUUGUAAUGACGACAGAUUUCUCAACCUUUGGACUCAAGACCGCCCUUUUAAAUUGGACAGUGUUCAGCACUUACCCCAGUAUGUUCUCCCUGGCUUCUUUCAAACUGUCUGCAAUGACAAAUCCAGUUACGACCAUAUCCAACUCUCAGUGGACAGCCGGACAUAUUUUGGAUUCGACUAGGGCGGAUGGUUUUUUGUCAGUUGUUGUAUUCCAUUUGGUUGGAAAUCGUCCGCCUACAUUUAUCACUCCACUGGCCUCCUUGCCUCUCAUUAUCUACGGUCGCUUGGCAUUCCAUCUUCGCUGUACAUCGACGACCGUCACAGUAGUCAGCUUUCUUUCCCUAAUGGUUGUCUUCCGGUUGCUUAUCAAAAUUUGCCCUCCCAGGAUAGCAUUAAUUUGGCUUUAGCCAACGCUGCUAUCUUUCUUACGUGUUUUAUCCUUUCCUCCCUCGGUUAUUUUAUUGGUUUGGAUAAAUCGACUUUGGUACCUUGCAAGCAAGUCCCUUACUUGGGUUUUAUUUCCGUUCCGAGAAACACUGCCAUUUUCGUUUGUUCUCGGAUUCUUCCUCUUUUGCUUUGGGAGGUGUAUUGAGUCCGGGUGCCAUUACUGUUAGCACUUCCGACUACUGGGAUUCUUCUGUUAUUGGGGCCGCCAUUGCUACCAAGGAAACUCUUGCCCUCAACAAUGCCUUACAAUCCUUUGGGAAUACGGUCAGAAACUCAUGGGUGGAUGCAUUUGUUGACAGUCAAGUUUUGCUUCACUCUUGGAACAGGUGUGGUUCCCGUUCCCACUCUUUGGUGACCGCUCUUAAGUGCUUGUUUCAAACUACCAUGCAUCUUAACGUUGAUCUGCAUGUCUACUAUGUUCCUGGCCCUGAGAACCCUGCGGAUUCUCCCUCCCGUCGGCUAAGCUUUCAGGACUCUAGACUUAGUCCAAAAACGUGGGAUUUGGUCCAAAGUCUGUAUGGCGGUCCUAAAGGUCACUCCGUUGAUCUUAUGACACGAGCUUCAAAUGUCCAAACUGACCUAUCUGGCAAACCUCUACCAUUUUUUUCUGAAAGUCCUUUAGUUAAUGCUUUGGGGGUUAAUGUGUUUGCACAAUCCCCUAACUUGUAUCGACCUGAGAUUUUUUCGAAUACGUUUUCCCGUCCAUUUGCCUUAUUCCCAAGGUCUUUAAGUAUCUUAAUAGCCUUAAGUUGCCAUACACCCUUGUUGUCCCAGACGUGAUCCCACGUCGUUUUUGGUGGCCUUUGCUUCUGUCUGCAUGCUCUUCCAGCUCCUUGCUAGCCUCUAAAGGGGCUAGUGGCGUUCUUCUCACCCCUUCCAGGGAUGGUAUCUUGGGUGACAGGCCGAUCCCCUGGGACCUUUGGGUUUUCCGGAUUUCAAAUAAUUAGACUCGCAGUAUUUCAUACUGUUUAAGGAUUAUCUAGCAAGCUAAUCCAUUUUGCUGUUGCAUUUGACGGUUUCUGUCAUUAAGAUGUAAUUUCAAUAAAGUCAUCGAGUCUUGUACUUUUCGUCUCUCCUUGAUUUUAUUUAGUUAUUUUCAACUAUAUUUUGGUAUUUAUUCUCAUUUAGUCUUUCAUCUGUCUUCCCUAUUAGGAUCUCCCACAAGUACAGCGGUUUUUUAUCCCCGCUGUAGCUUGCCCUUCAUGUGCUUAUGCCAACGACCAUUUGUUUCGUUUUUGCCAAAUGUGUGGCUACAAAAGAAAGUCAGUCCCACGUCAGCCUGCCUCGAAAAUAAAAGUGGAUCUCGCAGCCAUUGAUGCUCGUUUGCAACAGCUUACACAAACGGCCAACACGCUUUCGUAUUCAAAGCAAAAAUCCUCUUUGCGCGUGGAGUUUGAAACCUUUUUAGCCUCUUUGCCUAAUACAAAGUCUAUCUAUUCCGCCACCCCCGAAGAUGUUUCGCGUUUUCUGAUUUGGAAAGAUCGUCACGGGAAAAGGGUUGUCCAUGUAGCUGAAUGUGUAAAUGCCCCAAACCAAGAUGCUUCUGAUUGCGGUUGCCCCAAGCGACUCGCGUUUAAAACCGUGGAUUCCUAUAUUGGAAAACUUCAUGCAAUAUUUAACGAGGCCGGCCGUUCUGGCGAAUGGAAUAGUAUGCUAGGUUUUGGUAAUCCUGCUGCUUCUUCCCCAGUCCAAGGUUAUCUUAAGGCUGUAUCUGAGGAACAAUUGCGUGCUCAUAUCGUCCCCAAGCAAGCAGUCCCGUUUUUUCUACCGAAGCUCUUACUUCUGGCAAGGUUAUGGGAUAGAAAAAUGGCGGAUCCGGCAGUCAGCCCUUCCGCUCUCUUUAUUCUGGCUCGAGAUCAAGCAUUCUUUAAAACUCUAUUCUUCAGCGCGGAUAGAGGUUCUGAUCUGGGAUGUGUGAAAACCGCAGAAAUUAUGCGUUUCGCUAAAGACGAUGGCUUUUUAUUUAAUCAUGUUUGGGGUAAAACUUUACGAGACGGCGCCUAUAACGUCUUUGGAAUUCGUCGCCAUUCAAAUCCCCAGCUUUGCCAGGUCAAGGCAAUUGAAACAUAUGUGGCUGUCGCCUCAGAACUACGCAUAACUCUCUCCAACGGCUACUUAUUUCGCCCCACUAAUCACCAGGGUCAUAUCGUCAAUAAGCCCCUUACAAGUUCUUCCGCAGAAGCCCGCUUGAAAUAUUAUUUAAAGGACGCGAAAAUUGAUGAAGGCGAGACUCUGCACGGUUUCCGCUCGGGCUCCGCCAUUACCCUCGCUUUGUCUGGAUCGCAGCUCGCUGAUGUGAUGUCUCACGUGGGUUGGUCCAACAAGAGUACUGCCCUUUACUACAUGAAGUUAGCUGAAGUUCUUCGUGAAGGAUCUCCUUCUGACUUAUUGACUUCAAACGAGUUGGCGGCCUCCGCCUCCACAACUUUAUAUGCGGAUCUUAAUCGCUUAAAAGACUUCGUUUCUACGUUUCCUCGUUCCUAA